CUGGGCCGGGGGCGGGCCUCCGCCUGCUUCGCCCGAACCCGGAGAGCGCCCGGCACGGCGGCCGCCGACGCAGCAGCGGUCCCAGCUCGCCGAGCCCCGAGCCCCCGCGGUUCACGGGCGGCCCGGGCGGACGCUGCGUGAGGGCGCGCGAGGUGGCGCGGGGCGACCCGCACGCGCCCCCGGCCGCCCCCUGCCCGUGAGCGGACCGGCCCAGCGCAGCCCCGGCGCGGGGAGCGCCGGCCGGGCGAGGGCGCGGGCGAUGCCGCGGUGACGGCCCCGCCAUGGCGAAGCCCCCGGCGGCGGCGGCGGCGGCGGCGGCGGCGGCGUCGGAGGAGCUGAGCCAGGUGCCGGACGAGGAGCUGUUGCGCUGGAGCAAGGAGGAGCUGGCGCGGCGGCUGCGGCGCGCGGAGGGCGAGAAGGUGGGCCUCAUGCUGGAGCACGGCGGCCUGAUGCGCGACGUGAACCGGCGGCUGCAGCAGCACCUGCUGGAGAUCCGCGGCCUCAAGGACGUGAACCAGCGGCUGCAGGACGACAACCAGGAGCUCCGCGAGCUCUGCUGUUUCCUCGACGACGACCGGCAGAAGGGGCGCAAGCUGGCGCGCGAGUGGCAGCGCUUCGGGCGCCACGCGGCCGGCGCCGUGUGGCACGAGGUGGCCCGCUCGCAGCAGAAACUGCGCGAGCUCGAGGCGCGCCAGGAGGCCCUGCUGCGUGAGAACCUGGAGCUCAAGGAGCUGGUGCUGAUGCUGGACGAGGAGCGCGCGGCGCUGGCGGGGGGUGCGGGCGGCGCGGGCGGCGCGGGCGGCGGCGGCGGCGGCGGCGCGGGCUCCCGAAGCUCCAUCGACAGCCAGGCCAGCCUGAGCGGGCCGCUGGCGGGCGGCGCGGCGGGCGCGGGGGCCCGCGACGUGGGCGACGGCAGCAGCACGUCCAGCGCGGGCAGCGGAGGCAGCCCGGACCACCACCACCACGUCCCGCCCCCGCUGCUGCCCCCCGGGCCGCACAAGGCUCCCGACUGCAAGGCAGUAGCCACGCGCAGGUCCCUGGACGACCUGUCCGCGCCACCGCACCACCGAAGCAUCCCCAACGGCCUGCACGGGCGAGACGAGAGAGCUGGGAGAUCUCUGCAGCGUGUGUCCACUGAUUCCCCGGCUGGUGUCCCAGGGAACCCUCCUGCCAACAGCACGCAGAGGACACGAAGAGAUCCCUCGUCCACCUACAUCAGGCAGCUGGAGACCAAGGCCCUCGCUCAGCCGCCCCGCCCCUGCGGCCGCCCGAGAAGCUGGUUUCAGCAGGCAGGCUCUGGAGAGUUCCGGACUCUGCGGAAGGGCUUCUCCCCGUACCACUCGGAAUCCCAGCUGGCGAGCCUGCCGCCUUCCUACCAGGACUCCCUGCAGAACGGCCCAGCCUGCCCGGUCCCCGAGCUGUCCUCACCCCCCUCCGCCGGCUACAGCUCCGCGGGACAGAAGCCAGAGGCUGUCGUGCACGCGAUGAAGGUCCUGGAAGUGCACGAGAACCUGGACCGGCGGCUCCAGGACGGCUGUGAGGAAGGCCUGAGCGAGAAGGAGAAGGCCAUCGUCCGCGAGAUGUGCAACGUGGUCUGGAGAAAACUGGGGGAUGCGGCCAGCUCCAAGCCCUCCAUCCGGCAACACCUGUCUGGGAACCAGUUCAAGGGACCCUUGUAGGGCUGCUCCUCCGUGGAUGUGGACUGGCCCUGCGGGGCGUCCUGGGGAGCCGCAGGCCCCCGUCUUCUUUUUCUGUGGCGAAUUGUACAUAGGACGCUGCCCGCCGUGACCCGGCUGCCGUGGGUCCAGCACACGGACGGCCGGGCCCCCACCUCCCUCCUCACACACCAGCAAACCGGGAAGACGCGAGGCUGUCGGCCGUUCUGUGCAGCAGGGCGGCCUGGACAGCCUCGUCCCUGCCCCGGGGCCCCAUUGGUGAGGGGCCGAAGGCCGGCCUUGGCGGAGGGGCGCCUCGUCAAGCCUUCCACCCACACCAGACAGAGGCCCCCGGUGGCUGGACCUAACGCGGGGGGCCCCACUCCUCACCCAUCUGCUGUGGCCUGAACGCCAGCCCGCUGAGCACUGGGUCCCGAGUCCCCGACCAGGAAGCUCCGUGUCUGUGGCUGGAGGCUCCGAGGCCCUUCCUCUGGCACCCCCCUCAUGUGCAGCUCCCUGCUGCACGCUGCUGCUCGGUUUCAGGGUUCAGGCCCCCAGCCCCAAACACACACACACACACACACAGUCCCCCAACCCCGCGCCGGGUCGUGCCCUCUCUGGGUCCCUCCUGCCUGGUGCCUGAGGCAUCUGCACUCCUGUGCUUCACAUGAUGGGCCAGGGAGGUGGGAGGCCACGUGGAGAGUCUCUGGUUGAGCCCCCCGCCCCGCUCUCUCCAGAUGGGUGGCGCUGGGCCGGGCUGGGCCUCUGGUAUCCCCCAGAGCCUGGCCCCCAGCCAGAGUCACUGUCGACGGAGCUGCGUGGGCGGCCGAGGGGAGAGUUCUGCCCUCUGUAGAAGGAAGGAGCCUGACCUGGCUCUGGCUUUAAUUUGCUGCGUGACCUUCAGCAAGUCAAUCAGCUUCUCUGGGCCCCCGGGUGGGAAAACGAGGUCUCAGGUUCUUUCGGCCGUGCUCACCACCCAAGGCCACCCGCUUUAUUCAGCCGGUGCCCUCAGUCGCGGCCUGCGAGCCCACGGGGCCCGCCUGCCGCAGAGGCCGCUGCUGGCUGGGCUGGGCUGGGCUGGGCUGGUCGGAGCCGGGGACCGAGCUGAGUUCUGCCUUGCUGCCUGCUCACAGGUGCUGUCCCCUCCCCUCUCUGAGCCUCAGUGUCCUCUGCCUGAGAAGGGACAGCAUCGGGCCCUCCAUGCAGGGCUCGACAUCAAACAGAGCUUCAGUGUGAAUGACCCCAUGCCGGCCGUAGAGCGCGAUACAGAAACGUGGAGGCUGGUGAGGAAAGCGAGGCCCAGAGGGUGAGCGAGCUGUGGCACGUUCCAGACGAGACCCCAGAUGCUCGGAGGUGGGACAGGCCGCCGCGAAUGCUGUCGGCACGGGCCCUGGUGUCCACUCGGCACCUGGCCGCCCACCCCUCACGUCGCCUUCACUCGGCAGCGGUGCUCAGCAGGGCGCCCGCCAGCACAUGAGCCCGGGAGGCUGUCUCUGCAGUAGGUGGGCCUCGUCCAGGCCCCCGUGAGGUGCGGGGACAGGGCCAGUGGAUGGGGAGGCCGCCCUGUUCCUGUCCCCAGCGGGGACUCUGCGUUGGCCUGUUGGUCAUUGUGCCCUUGGGUCGUACGCUCUCAGGGGAAAGGCUCGCGGCCCUCGUUGUGCCCAGGGAGUGCUAAGUGGGUGCUGGUGACAGCCACAGGCAUUUUCCUCUUGCCCUGGGGGGUUACAGGGAGCUCUGGGCUCCUCCUGGAGGGAUCUUGCCUGUCACCAGGGGUUAGGUGUUUGGAGCUGGGGGGGGAUACCCUUGGUCAUGGUACCGGGCAAUCCCUGCCCUUGUGGGCAGUGAGCUGGGGGGCAGAGGCCCCUUCUGGAUCUUGGGAGUCCAAAGAACCGCAGAGCAGCCCGGGGGGGAGCGGGGAGGGGUCCAUUUUGGGUGGAAGCCACAGCUGGGAGCCCAUUUUUCAUGUUUGGAUCAGGUUGGCUCGGCCACCACUGAAAAUAAGCAAUAAGUAAGGGCUCCCGGUAGCUGCACGUCUGCAGACCGACCCAGGGAAGAACCGCCUCAGAGGGGCCUCCCCCCCCCCCCCCCACCCCAGGUGCUGCCGUGGCAUCCAGGGGUCAGGCGGAGCGGAGCGUUUCUGCCCGAGCCCUCCUGUGUGCCACGGAGGCCGUGGAAGCCAGGUGCGGGCAUCUCCUUCCCACCGCUGCUCGCGGUCCUGAGCCAACAGUGCACGGGGAUGGCUUUCAAGGACAGAACCGUGUCUGUGACAGUCACCUAAUGUGAUAAGCUGUUUAAAAGCCAGCAGCACCUCCGUCUGAGCCCACACCCUAGGUGGUGGGCAGGUUCAGUGGGAGCCCACAGGCUGGGGAGGGUCAGAGGAGCCUCAGCCCUGCCACCAACCCGGGGUGUGUCGGGUGACGUGGGGGGCCCCCUCCUCCCCUCCGGAGCCUUCGCUGUAGCAGCUCAUGGUGGGGGUAGGGGUGUUGCUGAGCUCGGGUGGCCUUUCAUAAAGGUCCCUUUACGUUUCACUCUGAGUCUACAUCUUGAAGCCCAGUGUGACAUCUGUCCUGUGGCUUCAGUUCCCACUGUGAUGGAGGUCACCCUUCCAGCCUCACCCCAGGUGGCCUCGCCCAUCCUGGGAGCAGAAUCUGCUGAGCACAUUUUUUAGGGUGGCACAUUUUUAUCCAAAAGUUAUUAGCUACACAUCAGUGUUUAAAGAGAAAAAAGUGACCUUUCAUUUUCUUUUUCUUGAAAACUUGAGAGGAAACAAAAUACAUACUACUGAUUUUUUUUUUUUUUUUUUUUUUAAAGAAACAAGCUGAGCGCAUGACUGCAGAGCGGUAGAGGUGUAUAUUUUUCAUACCGUGGGGGGAAGUAUUUGUGCUGCUUUCUGGAAUCGGGCUGGAACGUCUGGUUCCUGUCCCUGGGCCGUCAGCCAUGCUCUAUUUUCUGUAGUAUGUGACCGCCGUGAGAAACCGGGCCAGCCCUUGGCCUGGCUCCAGGCGGAGCUGGGAGCUGGAGACCCCUGUGCCCGUUUCUACCUUCCACUGAACCACUUUGAUUUGGAGAGAAAAAAGAAAUAGAACUUUUGAUAGUGUGGUAAAAACAUUGAUUUGAACUAUUUUAGUAAAAGGAGUAACAGAAGAUUGUGAUAGUGUCUACUUUGCGCUAGAUAAAUAAAGGCUCUUUGUAAGCCUC